AAGGGUCCCAUCUCCGACGGCGCCGCACUUCGCUUCCGGACAUCCUCGACAAUACCCCCCUAAAAAGGCUUCGGCUUAAUGACCCGGCACCGAUUCAGAACUCUCUACCCACUGCCUUGAACCAAGGGUGCUGCCCAACACAAGAUCCAAUUCGCGACGAAGCCUACCGCCAGCGAGUGCUAGAAGAAUUCCAAUCCGCAGAGGACGGUCUCGACUCAUGGGGUAGGAGAACAAACGAUUUAGUCGCCCAAAUUCUCCAAAAGAGCAAACCACCAAUACGUGGGGAAGCAUACUUUCUCAACGGAGAGGGGGCAUUCCAACAGGCCGAGUUGGGGCGAGUGGACAUACCGAUCUUCACGCAAAGUCAACAGCCAUUUCAAUGGAGGGGAAAGGACCGCCCAGUUUCACAGUUCUUCAACCGUAUGGAAGAUAUCGGGCUUAAUCGAACCGUGUCUGUUCAAAUACCCUCUCACCCCCUACAUAAGGCAUCUUGCGAAAGGAAAACACUUCUGGAUGUCCGAGACCGGUUCCUUCUGCAGCGGUUGACAAAUAACCCCUGGAAUCUUCUCGACCUUCAAAGCCCGAUACCUUCAGCCCUGCCAUCUUUCUUGGAAGGAGAGAAUUGUCAGCUUCUCCUCCGAAUACGCGAUGCAGUUCUGAUGGGCAACAGUGCCGAAAGGAUAGCGGCGCCCGCCCAAGAUUGGAACACUUGGCGUAAUGUUACAGACUGGGCGCUCCUGUCAGAAGGGGCCAUAAUACGGCACCGCAUAUGGAUAGCCACGGUUACUCGACCUGGAUUACGGUUCAGGAAGGGCGUGUGGGCUUCGGGUGGAUGUCCCGACCAAGACAGCAGGAAGAAGAGGCGUGGAUGUCCGAUCCACAUAACUUUACAGGAGGAGAUUGGAGAUACUUCGUCCUUUCACCUGGGCAUACAGUAUUUUUUCCCUCCGGCACCAUCCACUUUGUCUUUCGGGUACAAGGGGAACAGACGUUUGCGCUGGGUGGCCAUAUACUUCAGUGGUCUGGAGUUGGUCGUUGGCUUGAAGUGGUCGUCGCUCAGAUGAAACCCCGGAAAUCACGAACGAGGAUAUGCAACCUAGCUCUUCAAAGUACGUUUGCAUCGUCAAAGAGCUUCUGGAAAACCGAAUCCGAGCGGGAAGAGCGGGGGGGGCAGGUGAUCGAGACACAACUGCCAAGUUCUUCUCCUUACUGAAGG